UUCCGGCGCACCCUGCGAGCAGAUAUGGCGGCCUCCAGCCGUACCGCGGUUGGGUGGGUGCGGACGGCACUUAGCAUCUGGCGGUCAAGCCGAGGAAGCGCCGCCAGAGGUCCGUGCUCCGCCCCUCCCUCCCGCUGCUGCCAUGAACGGGGCUCAGCCUUGGACUACUUCCUGAGGGUCGCCAAGCCCGGCUACCGCCCUGCCCAUCCGGCCCCCGCGGUGGCCCUGCACCGGGACAAACAGGCUCUGCUUGUGGCCCAUCCUCCCAACAUGCCGGAGAACUCUCGGAUCCUGCGAGUUGUCAUCCUGGGAGCCCCAAAUUCGGGGAAGUCAACACUUUCCAACCAGCUGCUAGGCCGAAAAGUUUUCCCUGUCUCCAAGAAGGUACAUACCACUCGAUGCCAGGCCCUGGGGGUCAUCACGGAGGAGGAGGCACAGGUGGUUCUCCUGGACACUCCUGGCCUGAUUAGCCCUGCUAAGCAGAAGAGGCAUAACCUAGAACAAUCCCUGCUGAAGGAUCCCUGGAAAAGCAUGGAGGAUGCAGACCUGGUCGUGGUUCUAGUAGACGUCUCAGACAAGUGGACCCGGGGCCAGCUUAACCACCAGGUUCUCAAGUGCUUGUCUCAGUUCCCCCAAGUCCCCAGCAUCCUGGUUAUGAAUAAGGUGGAUUGCUUGAAACAGAAGUCUGUCCUUUUGGAGUUGUCAGCAGCCCUCACAGAAGGUAUAGUUGGUGGCAAAGAGUUGCGAGUGAAGCAGACAUUCUCAGUUUCUAAAACCCAGAAAGCUCCAGCAGAGUCAGACCCAGAGGCCUCAAAAGGCCUCAGUGAGAGGGUGGGCUGGCCCCACUUCCAGGAGAUCUUCAUGCUGUCCGCCCUGAGUCAGGAAGAUGUGGAGACCCUGAAGCAAUAUCUCCUGACACAGGCCCAACCAGGGCCCUGGGAGUUCCACAGUGAAGUGCUCACCAGCCAGACCCCUCAGGAGAUCUGUGCCAACAUAAUUUGGGAAAAGCUAUUGGAGCACCUGCCUCAGGAGGUGCCUUACAGUGUGCAUCAGGAGACAAGGUUGUGGGAAGAGGGUCCCAGUGGGAAGCUUGUGAUCCUGCAGGACUUGCUAGUGCCUAAGGAGUCCCACUUGAGGAUAUUGAUUGGUCCCAGUGGGCAGCUGAUCAGCCAGUUGGCGCACGAAGCCACCGAGGACCUCAGAAAUGUAUUCCUCUGUGAUGUGCAGUUGAGCCUUUCGGUUAAGCUCCGCAGGUGACCGUCUCCCACCCCAAGUCCCCUAGGGGUUGGCUAGUCAUAUGGACUUGGUGGUUUAUCAUUGGGUGCAGUGAUCCUGGUGCCCUGCCCUGAGAGGAGAGGUCAAGCAAGGACUUAAUGGCCCUUCUGCCAGGCAAGCAAAGCAAGAGCUGCCUCUGCCUCUGCCUGGACUGCUCAGAGACCCACCCUCUUGCUGGUGCCUAGGGCCACAGGCAGCUCCUGUUCUUCUUCCAAAUCAGGGGCUCGGUUCUCCCUUCAUCCCAAGCCUCUGCACCUUGGUUAACCAGCCCCCCAGACCUAGCAGAUGCCCUGUGUACAGCCCCAACCAGGUCCUUGAUGCCCUGGAGAUGAGAGUUAGGUCCACCCCCUUCUCAUCCACGUAGCGUCCUCACUGUAUCCCCUUCUCUGGUUUGUUGGUGGGAAUAAAACAAUAUGAGAGAGAGA